CCGCCAUCUAGUGAGAGAGGCACAAACCGCCACUGACAGCUACUCUCACCUGGAAGCAUAAUAAUCACCACCACCUGACAAGAGACUGACGGCCUUCUACAGCUGGUGCCUGGUGGGGAACGCUGCCUGCCCUGGUCGUUGUCUCCACUGCUGCUGUGUUGCUGAGGGCAUGCUGUGAGGGCCUACCAGCACCACCAACACCACCACCUAGGAUGCACGGUUCAGUAGGCGUUUACAAGGAUGCUGAAAAAUUGCUGCAGAUAAUUACAUCAACAAUGCCUACUGGGAUGCCAGGCUCUGAAGCAAAUGAGAUGAAAGGAUUGUCUGGAGCUGGGAAAGUGUCCUACAACCUUCCCUUUCAAAGAAUUGGCAAGGGAAAGAGCAGAAGUAGGCAGGGAGUUCCAGAGUGUACCGGUGAAAGGGGGUGGGUAAUUUGAGAAUAUUGGUUAACUCUUGCACUAGGGAGGUGGACAGAAUAAUGGUGAAAGAUUGAGAAUGCUGGUUAACUCUUGCACUAGGGAGGUGGACAGAAUAGUGGUGAAACAUUGAGAAUACUGGUUAACUCUUGCACUGGGGAGGUGGACAGAAUAGUGGUGAAACAUUGAGAAUACUGGUUAAUUCUUGCACUAGGGAGGUGGACAGAAUAGUGGUGAAAGACAGAAUACUGGUUAACUCUUGCACUGGGGAGGUGGACAGAAUAGUGGUGAAAGACAGAAUACUGGUUAACUCUUGCACUAGGGAGGUGGACAGAAUACUGGUGAAAGACUGAGAAUACUGGUUAACUCUUGCACUAGGGAGGUGGACAGAGUAGUGGUGAAAGACUGAGAAUACUGGUUAACUCUUGCACUAGGGAGGUGGACAGAAUACUGGUGUGCAAGGAUCAUAUUGGAAAACAUCAUCUGACCUGAAGUGUAGGUGUCGUUUAAGGUCAAACUGAUAACAGACUGGAAAAAGACUAUUAUUUAACUUUAUAUCAUACCUUGCAAGUCUGUGUGUCUGUUUGUAUGGCUCAGAUUGAAAGUAGAAUGUAAUCAGGAAUUGAAUUGUGACUUGAAUUUCUCUCUGUGGUGAAAAUGAAGAUGGAAUGUUGUGUUUCAUCAAAUGGUCACCAUCACACACCUGCACUUUGGCUUGCACAGGCCGGAACACAAGAAAAAACUUAUCUCAUGCUCAGAGGAAACCACCAGACAACUGUGGGGCUUUGUGGCUCACACUUAAUUUGGUGAACCUAACCCAAUUCAACCCAACGUACAAGAUCUGUGUGGCCCGAAGCAUCUCAUAAAACAUACCGGUGGCCUCGUGCUUGUACUAGCCUGGUGACCUCACCCUGCAGCACCAUGGCCACCACCACCACCGCCACCACUGCCGCCAUGGCCAGCCUGGAGGUGGAGGCCGUCAGGAAGUUUGAGUGUGGGAGGUGCGGGGAAGUGCUGGGCAGCAAGAGCCAGUUCCUGCAGCACUCCCUGUCCCACAUGGGGCUGAGCGUGCACUGCUGCCCGGACUGCGGCAAGAUGUUCCCGCGCCUGCACCAGCUGCGCCAACACUCGUACGUGCACUCGGGCGUCAAGAGGCACGAGUGCGGCGAGUGCGGCCGGCGCUUCAGCAACAAGAGCAACCUGACGCGCCACCGCCUGGUGCACAGCGGCGAGCGGCGCCACACGUGCCAGGCGUGCGGCCGCGGCUUCCGGCAGAAGGCCAACCUGGUGCAGCACAUCGCCACGCACAUCGGGGUGAAGCGCUUCAGGUGCGAGGAGUGCGGCGAGCUGUUCAUCCGCCGCAGCACGCUGGUCAAGCACCAGGAGAUCCACACGGGGUUCAAGAGGUUUGAGUGCGAGCAGUGCGGCAAGCGGUUCCACCAGAAGGUGAGCCUCACGCAGCACCUGGAGCUGCACGGCGACUCACGCAAGUUUGUGUGCCAGGAGUGCGGCGCGGGCUUCCCCAACGUGAGCAGCCUCAAGCAGCACUCCAACGUGCACACGGGCCUCAAGAAGCACCGGUGCGACCAGUGUGCCAAGUGCUUCAAGCAGAAGAGCCACCUCACCCGCCACGUCAACACGGCCCACAGCGUGCUGCGCCGCUACCAGUGCGGGGCGUGCGGCCGGGAGUUUGGCGUCAGGAGCAGCCUGCGCCGCCACGCCGUGGCCUGCACAGCCCUCAGGAAGCACCGGUGCCAGUGCGGCAAGUCCUUCUCUGACGACGCCAGCCUCGCCGAGCACACGCGGACCCACCACGACGGCCAGCGCUCCUACUGUGGCGAGUGUGGCAAGUGCUUUGCCAACAGCCAGGACCUGCUGCAGCACUCUGCGGAGCACAGGCGCGUCAGGGCGGACAAGGCUGCCGGGGCCCCCGCGCCGCCUGAUCCCAGCGUGCCGCAGGAGUACAAGUGUGAGCUGUGCGGCAAGACUUACUCUGGCAAGAGCAACCUCAACAGACACAUGUUCGUCCACACCGGCAUCAAGAAGUUCGGGUGCGACCAGUGCGGCAAGACCUUCAUGCAGAAGGGACACCUGCUGCAGCACCUCAAUUCCCACAGCGGCCUCAAGAACUUUGAGUGUGAGCUGUGCAGCAAGAAGUUCACCCGGAAGGGCACACUCACCAAGCACAUCGACACCCACGUGAACGGUGGCGGUGGGAGGCGCAGGGGCCGGCCGCCCGCCAGGAGGGACCCGCCUGCCCUCGCAGCCGGCACAGGUCCCCUGCAACACAGUGUUUCCCUGGAAUGUAAUGACAUUUCUUCCCAGAGUGAUGAAAAUCAUACAGAAAAUGACAGAGUUUCCUUGCAAAACAGUGACAGUUCUUUGGAAAAUGACUGCAGCUCUUUGGAAGGUGACAGGAACCCAUUGCAACACUGUCAUUCCCUGCACAGCAGUGACGCUCCAUUGCAAAAUGGCACAAAUUCCAUAGACAAUGACAGAAAUUCCUUGCACAUUUAUAAUUCCGUGGAAAACAGUGGGGACCCGCUGGCGUCUGACACAAAAUCUGAAAACGACACAGAUUCCUCGAAAAAUAAUACUGCUUUAAAAAACGACACCAGUCUCUUGCCCGGGGACAGAAGUUCCUUAGAGGACUGUAAAAUUACCCUUCAGAACAACAUUGGUUCCUUCCACACUGUGUUUGUUUCCCUGAAAGACGGCUACUAUGUACCAAAGAGUCCCGCGCCCCACACUGAGGAGCCCGCACCCCCCUCCACCUGAUGGCGCACUGUUGAGACGCCAGCAUAACGAGCGAGCUAAUUAGAUAAGCAUGAGAGGGAUUACUAGCCACCCCAGAUAUG